AAUACCAGCCGGACUGGGUGUGUUUCUCUCUGUUUUUUGUUAGUUUGAUACGUGUAUUUUAAUAUUUUAAAAAUAUAUUUAUUUGACAGUAUAUAUUUGUUGUUUUAAGUUUGUACGGUGCGUAUACAGAGCAAAAAUGAACUGCUUGAAUAUUGCAAACAUUGCGCCCAACUCUCCAAUCAAAACGCGGGGACAAAUUCAGGUAAUAUUCGGGCCGAUGUUCUCAGGAAAAAGCACUGAGUUGAUGCGCCGUGUGCGCAGGUUUCAGGUGGCACAGUACCAGUGUUUGGUGGUGAAAUAUGCCAAAGACACGCGUUACUCUGAGAAGGGAGUUGCCACGCACGACAGAAAUACAAUGGAAGCGGUGCCUGCCAGUCAGCUCAAGGAAGUCUACCAGCAAGCCCUUCUGUGCUGUGUCAUCGGGAUUGACGAGGGACAGUUUUUUCCAGACACUGUGGAGUUUUGUGAAGAAAUGGCCGACCGAGGCAAAACCAUUAUUGUAGCUGCCCUGGAUGGGACGUUCCAGAGAAAGGCGUUUGGUAAUAUUUUGAACCUGGUUCCUCUGGCGGAGAGUGUGGUGAAGCUGAACGCGGUGUGCAUGGAGUGUUUCAGAGAGGCUGCCUACACAAAGAGGCUCGGUGCUGAGAAAGAGGUAGAGGUGAUUGGAGGCACUGAUAAAUACCAUGCAGUAUGCAGAGCCUGCUACAGUGCAUCACUCCCAUCCAGCAAAGAGAACUUAAACAACAAAAGAAUAGAAGAGACCCCGCCUCAAACCAUGGCGGGGAAGCAGGUGGACAUUAAAGCACCCAGGAAACUCUUUGAAACCCUCCGCAUUUCCCCAACACCGAGUGACCAGGACUUGGUCCCACAGCCCACAAAAACAGCUAGGACGCACGAGCACUGACAAGUGCUUUUUUUGUUCUGUGCUUUGUUGGUGUCGGUCCAAAUUUUUUUUUUUUUCUGUUGUAUUUUUUUUUUUUUUAAUGGUUUAGGUGAGAGUGGAACAGCACUUGCUGUUGGUUUAUAUUCUUAAUACACAAGGUCUGUACUGUAUAUGUAGCAAUAAUACUAUCACUAAUUUAUUCUACUGGUCACAAAACAGGACUGCUUUUACAAGUGUUUACCUGAGCUUGAUUUAAACAUCCUGAAGGCAUUUAUUUUUUUGUUCAUUUCUGCAAUACAUGGUAAAUAAGCUGGUACACUAACAGCUGCUCCUGUACCUAGUGGGGUAGGAGAAAGAGUUCCGUUUAUAAGCCUAGAACGUACCGCCUGCUGUUCCCGUGUAAAGUUUAACAUUGCGCAUGGUUGUAGCUCUAUACCCAAGGGAAGAUGCACAGUAUUUAUAUUGUUCAUCAUAGCUGUCAUGUAGGGGCUGCAGUUGAGUGAAGGUCUUACUAGGUACUCGGUAUGGAGCGAGUGUUGUGCGUGCAUAUUCAUAUAAUUGAUCUCUGUGACAGAGACUGGACCUCUGCAAUGCCAGCUACUAAUAAAGUCACUACCCUGUGGUCUCACUUGAUGGAGCUGCUCACUACUGUCAUUUUGCACAUAUUCACAAAAAUGCCAUAAGUGUUUACCAUCAACCUUGAUCUGCCAAGAGUUUCAGAAUACUGAAAAUAAAAAUGUUA